UCUGGUUAUAUGAACGUCACCCCGUUUAUAUGUGGACUACUUUGAUUACGAGAAAUGGGAGGAGCGUGUGAGAAACUGAGCAGCUUCCACAUGACUGUAGAGCAGUGGAAACACAGGGAGAGCAGCAGUCGAGGCGUGGGUGAGUGAGUGAACAUCAUGGGACAUGCUCUCUGCGAAUGAACUACAGCAGUCUGGAGUUUCACCCCUUCAUCCCAGAGCGCGCAGACGUCUGCUGCUGAACAUCACUGGACAAUACCGAAACUGAGAUUACAGAGUCCUGUUUUAAAGAUUAGAAAAAUGAGAGUGAAUUUUUCAGCUAGUUGGAUAUUUCAAGGAUGGAUCACACACUUCGUUCUUGCUCUGUGCACGCAGGAUGGACUGGCCAUAAGCUGCCAACAAAAUGAAUAUAAGCACAACGGGGGAUGCUGCAGAAAAUGUGAACCAGGAAAAUACCUUUUCGCUCAUUGUGAUGGCAGUUCGAGCACAAAGUGCCUUGAUUGUGGCCGUGAAGAAUACCAGCCGGACUGGAACAGUGACACUAAAUGUAUUCCUCAGAAGUUCUGCGAUGAAGGUAAAGGAUUUAACCGCACUCGUCCACGCAACCCUAUAGCGGCUGAACCGUGUCGGUGCAAGCAGGGUUUCCACUGCUCUCUGAUCAACUGCGAAUACUGUGAGGCCAUUAAAAAAUGUCCUGCAGGAGAAGGAGUUAUAAUGGCCGAGAUGGGCAGAGCUUCCUGUGCGUAUUGUCAGUAUGGAUAUUUCUCAGAUUCCCUUUCAACAGAAGCCUGCAAGAAAUGGACAGAUUGUAAAGCUAUCGGCAAGAGUGAGAAACAGCCAGGAAGCUCUAAAUCAGAUGUGAUGUGUGGAGUCCAUUCUCCUGUUAUGACACCCUGGGUGGUGGUGGCCAUCCUCUCGGUCAUCAUCAUGGUAUCGCUGGUUGUUCUCUUCUUGUUUUGCUGCAAAGAUAAGCUGAACUUCCUCUCAGUAAAUCUACGCACCUGCGUCCAAAACCUGAAAGGAAGUAGGAAUCAACAGGAACCUAUGACUUCAUACCACGGUGGUAACGGUCCACAAACCCUCCCUCUGAUUUGCCAAGAACGAACCCCCCCAGAGUCCCUGAUCACGUGUCCCAGCACCCAAUUAACCAUUCUUGAUGAAACAUCGACUUGCACGGACCAAGAACAAUACCAAGACCGAGCUGAAACCUCGUCAGGCAGCUCCAGCGAGGGCUCCGGAGGUGGCUCUGCGUCUCCUCUGUCGGGCAGCUCCUGCAUCUGUGUGCUUUCCAUGAAGGAGCCCAUAGAGGUCGGAGAGAACGAGGACUGCAGUCAGCUGGUGGCCACGGGUUUGGCGACAUGCUGCUUUUGCAGGCCAGGAGACGCCAUCGGAGGAAACGUGCAGGUCGUCAGCCUGAAAGAGCCUCUGCUGUGUGAGAGCUGCUCGUCGGACGUCCUGCUGGAUCUGCAGCCCUCCCAGGAGCUCUAUCUGGACUACAGCAGUCCUGCUGGCAAAGAAGCCAUGUCAGAGAUGAGAGGCGUCCAAGGGGACCGAGGUCCGGUCGAGGGGCUGUAUAGACAGAACGAACCUUGUUGCUGCAGCAUAGACUCCACCACCGUUCCUCCUCUGCCAUCGGUCAGCGCUAAUGACCAGGGCCUUUCGCUGAUCCACAGCGAUGACCACAAACUGUCCGACCCCGACGUGGACUUCCAGAACCAGUGCUCAGAAUCAGCUCUCACAUCAGAUUUACAGGCACUGUCGUACGAUUCUAAUUCUAUUGGACAAAUACAGUAUGAUAUGAUGAAAGAUGGGAAAUGAUCAGCAACCUCAGUAACAGCAGGUCAAAAAUGCACAGUGAGAUCAUGAAACAGAUGGCCAAGCUAACAAGCUAGUAGCACACUGUUGUAUCGGCUGAUGUGUUGCACUGGUUUUCUGGCCAUAUAUCACGUUUCAACAUAGAUGGAUCCCUGUGUAAACUUUUAAAGGUGCUGAAAUACAGCCC